AUGACGGCCGCUCUGUUCCUGGCCCUCCUGCUGGCUUCUGCCGCUGCUGCAAAGAAAGACAGCAAGCUUAGCCGACUAAAUGACACCAAAGCUGUUGAAGCCUUCAUCAACUCUGCCGAAGUGGUGGUCAUCGGAUUCCUGGAGGGAGAAGACAGUCGCGGCUUUAAGGAACUGGCAGGAGCUGCAAAGAAAGUCCAAUCGAUCCCGAUGGCCAUUUGCACUGAGAAGGAGGCGUGGGCCGACUACAGCGUCUCCUCGGACACCAUUGCCCUCUUCAGAAAAGUAGACGACCACAAGGAGUUCCUGAAUCUUGCUGAGGCCAAGAAGCUGGAUGUUGACGGUCUUGUCCAUUUCAUCUCGGUCAACGAGAUUCGAUACAUCACCGAGUACAACCAAGUGAGCGCAGUGGGCCUUUUCAACUCAGAGGUGACGGCUCACCUCCUGGUGUUUGCUAACAGGGGGAAGAAGGAAUUUACUGAGCUCAAGGAGAAACUUGGAGCUCUGGCCCCAGAGUUCACUGGUAAGUUCCUGUUUGUUCUGGUUAACGGAGCGUUGAAGGGAAACGCUCGUUCGCUCUCCUACUUUGGCCUAAAAUCUGAAGAUCUGCCAAGAGUCGGGAUCUACGAUAAAGACUCCGACAUGAAGUGGCUCCUGCCGGAAGGAGACAUCACCCCAGAGCGAGUACGGGAAUUCUGUCAGUCUUUCCUGCGAGGCGAGCUGAAGGAUGUGAAACAAGCAGGAGAUCAGCGCAAAACUGAGCUGUAG